UUCUCAAGAACAAACUAAGAAUAAUUUCGUUGAAAAUUAUAAUACCUUGCUCCGAUCAUCCGAGAGCAAAGAAAUACAGCACUCUGUCGAUGGGAAUGAAGAUGAAGAUGAAAUUCGUAUCUCCGAAAUUCAAACAAGAAACAACGGUCGAAGAAAGGAACGAUUACAGCGGUAUCAAAUCGAUCGACGAAAUACGCGAGAAAAUCCUGUCUAAGGAGAAAGUAGUCCGAAGUUCGAGAUUGAUUUUAACACAGAUAGCUAGUGGCGUCACUCAGAAAACGACUACAGGUACGUCGAACGACGAAACGGAUUAUUUUCUACUCGAUUAUAAUCCAGAAUUAGAAUUCGAUGAGCCCUACGCAUACAGCGAUAUACAGGAUUACGAAGACUACUCGAAGUUGGUACUCCCUUUUCUCAUUUUCAUCCUACGUUCACGUAGCGUUUCUAAUCGCAUUCUGCGUUCUUCGUUCUUCGUUCUUCGUUCUUCGUUCUGCAUUCUGCGUUCUACGCGUAGAGAGGAAAAGACGGAGCACAUGGUUACGGAAGAAAAAGAGCAAUUAGAUUUUGGAUCAUUGAAUCAAAGAUAUCGAAACGUUAAGGAUAAGACGAAUGAACGAUCGCAAGACCGGCUAAUUGAUCAUACCGAGCGGAUUAGCACUUAUUCCGUUUCCAUUGGCAACGCCUACGGACGAUGGCCUAUACCCGAUCACCAGGAUAAAGACGCCCCAGCCGAUGAUUUCCAUGCAUUUUGGAAAGACGAAGGAAACGCGAAAAGCAUCAGAGAGGCUCAAGCAAGGAUAAUGUUAGAAUACAUGGAUAAGACUGCCAAUCCGUGUCAAGAUUUUUAUCAGUAUGCUUGUGGAAACUGGGAGAAACGUAAUCCCAUUCCAAAGGAUAAGGCGGCCUACGACACCUUCGAGAUGUUAAGAGAAUCAUUAGAUAUUGUUUUGAAAGAAUUACUGGAGGACAAAGUUCCGCAUAACGUCAGGUUAAAUACUGACGACGCAACGAUCAAAGCAAAGUAUCAUUUUCAGAGUUGUAUGAAUUACGAGAUCUUGGAGCAACGUAUGGAACAGCCGGUGCUAAAACUUUUAGAGGAACUCGGUGGCUGGCCAAUUUUAAAGUCCGAUUGGGAUGCCGAUAAGUUCGACUGGUUGCUUUUGGUCGCACAGUUGCGUCUAUAUAAUAAUAAUAUCCUUAUUUCCGAAUGGGUUGGACCGGACAUUAAAAAUAGUGACCAAUAUGUUAUACAAUUCGAUCAAACGUCCCUUGGUCUCCCUACAAGAGAUUACUUUCUUCAGCCAUCUAAUAUGAUUUAUCUGAACGCUUAUAAAGAUUAUUUCAUUAAAAUAGUAACCCUUCUUGGUGCUUCUUUGCAAAAUGCCACUGUUCAUGCAAAUCAAUUGAUAGAAUUCGAAACGAAGCUCGCGAAGAUAACAUUUUCACCCGACGAAAGACGGAACAUUUCAGAACUUUAUCAAAAAAUGAGCAUUGGUGAAUUGUGUUCGAUGGUGCCUCAAAUCGAUUGGCGUAAAUAUCUUUCGAUCGUUUUAGCACGUCCCGUAAAUACUUCUGAACCGGUUGUCGUAUUUGCCUUACAAUAUAUUCAAGAUUUGGUGAAUUUACUCUCAAAAACUGAACCCAGAACUAUAGCAAAUUAUCUUUUAUGGAGAUUCGUACGUCACAGAGUGAACAAUUUAGAUGAUCGAUUUCAAGAAGCUAAACAAAAGUUUUAUUACAUUCUCUUUGGGAUAGAACAAGCCCCUCCUAGAUGGAAGAAUUGUGUAUCACAGGUCAAUGCCAAUAUGGGUAUAGCCGUUGGUUCCAUGUUCGUUCGAAAAUAUUUUGAUGAAAAGAGUAAAAAUGAUACGUUAUCCAUGACACGAGAGAUACAAGAAUCAUUUAGGGCAUUACUGAAUCAAACUACUUGGAUUGACAACGAGACGAAACGAUUAGCCAGCGAAAAAGUAAAUGCUAUGCUUUUAAGAAUCGGCUAUCCCGACUUUAUCCUACAGCCACAUUUAUUAAAUGAACGUUAUAAGGAUGUCGUAAUCCAUCCGGAUAAAUACUUUGAGAAUACAUUAAAUAUUUUACAACAUUUGACAAGAGUGGAACAAGAUCGUCUUGGUAGUUCGGUUAAUAAGACUUUGUGGAAUACCGCGCCUGCAGUUGUCAACGCUUAUUAUAGUCGCUACAAAAAUCAGAUAAUGUUUCCAGCGGGGAUACUACAACCGCCCUUUUAUCACAGAUACUUUCCAAAGAGCUUGAAUUACGGAGGCAUCGGUGUAGUGAUCGGUCAUGAAAUUACCCAUGGUUUCGACGACAAGGGUAGAUUGUUCGAUAAGAAUGGCAAUCUACACAGAUGGUGGAAAAACGAAGAUAUCAAUGGCUUCCAUGAAAGAGCAAAAUGUCUUAUUGGUAAAAAAUUCAUUGGUAUCGCAUCAAUAUAUAUAGUCUGUCUUGAAUAUACUUCAUUAUCGAUAAAAAAGUUCAGCCAUAUUUUAGACCAAUAUAGCCGCUAUACAGUAAGCGAAGUUGGCGCACAAAUCAACGGUAUAAAUACACAAGGAGAGAAUAUCGCUGAUAAUGGAGGCAUCAAACAAGCAUUUAAAGCUUAUGAAAGAUGGUUGUAUAUAAAUGGCGAUAAGGACGAGACUCUGCCUGGUAUUAGCGCAACCGGAAGGCAAUUGUUCUUUUUGAAUUUCGCUCAAGUUUGGUGUGGUUCAAUGCGACCAGAAGCUGCUAAAAAUAAAUUAAGAAUUGCUGUUCAUGCUCCUGGAAAAUUCCGCGUGAUCGGUACGCUGUCGAAUUCAAAAGCUUUCGCGGAUGUCUUUCAUUGUCCCCUUGGUACACCUAUGAAUCCUAUUAACAAAUGCUCAGUUUGGUAACAUAGCCGUAGAUAAUUAUAAAAAAUAUCCUUUCAAAAUAGAUCACACGCACACACACCCACACACACACACACACACGCACACACACACACGCACGCACACGCACACACA